AUAAAUAUACUUUAUUUUAUUUGGGUGAAAUCUGAUAAAAAUAUCAUUUAAUUAAGCUACGGGGCUUGGAACGGUCGACCGUUCGGCGCGACAGUCGACCUUGGUCUUCAUCAGGUCGGAUUGGCAGAUCACCGUGAUGGUCGACCGCGGGUGACCGGCGGUCGACCAUUGUUGACUAGCUACAGAUGGCGGACUUCCGCUGGCUGGCGGCGGUCGACCGUUCGCCGACGGCGGUCGACCGUUCUGCUGACAGUCGAGGUCCGUUUCGAAGUUUAAUACGACGGUCGACCGUUUGCGCCGACCAUUUGGGUCUGUGAAUCUUUCUCUUGAUAUUUUGAGUGUUCAAAAUACUUCUUUAAGUCUUUUAAACACCUUUGAUUAACAUAUACAUGUUGUUGGGUUGAUUUCAAAUGUUUAUAUAUACUUAUGUAUAUAUAUAUAUAUAUAUUAACUUUAUGAAUUUGGUGUAUUUUGGUCUUAACACAUAGAUGACAUAUAUAUGCUUCACAUAUAUAUUUUGGAAUGAUUUCAACCAAUGGAUUAAUAUAUAUGUUCAUGUAUGUAUGUGAUGAAUGAUUCGACAAGUCUAACACAAGGUACAGACCUGGAAAUCAUCGGCCGAAACCUUACGGAUGAGCGGGAGUGGAAACAACAUCGAAAUUCACCAACUUUGUCAUUCUCGUCACAAUUGGACACCCUGCCAUAUUUUGGGCAUAUCUCCAUCGUUUCUUCACGGAAUUGCAAACCGCUUGAUUCUGUGGAUUCCUAAGAUGUAAGGCUAUAACUUUUGUAUAGAUAGUAUUUCGAGUUAACAGGUGUAAGAUAACGUAAAUCAGACCUGAAGUCAAAGGAUAGUUGCUGUCCAGGAUUUCGGAUAUGUCGAUGAACAACGAUUCCGACGAUUAAUUCAUUAACUUCAAUAUUCCAACACCGAACCUUCUCUACGAUACCUUCCGGAUGUUCCUAAUAAACGUUAAAGAGUUUAUGUAUACAACCAUGGAGCAUUGAUGUUUUCUUCUCCUUCUUUGGGCUGCCGACAGAGAGAGAAAUGGAGAGGAGAAUUGGAUGAAUGAUGGUGGAUGAUGGUGAUGGUGGAAUUUUAUUUUUUGGUUUUUAGUAUAGGAUGGGAGAUUUGUUGAGUUUCAGAGUCUAUAUAUAUAUCAAAUUGUGGCAAGAGCGUCUCACAUUCUCACAUUAUGGAAGGAACUUCUCGAGCUCUUUCUAAUACCAUAAGAUUCGUUGGUCUACUUGGUAGUGAUGCUCUUGGAAGCAAUCCAAGGUUCAUGGCUACAGCGGUUGAUCUAGGACGGGAAUUGGUAAGGCGAAAAAUCAGGCUUAGCUACGUAGGAGGCAACGUUGGCCUUCAAGGAGCUGUAGCUUCAACGGUUUAUAAUAAUGGUGGUAGAGUUAGAGGUUUCAUACCAGGGUAUAUAGCAACACGACAGGUUUACGGACCUACGUACGGUGUAGAGUACACCGUCUCUAGCAAUUACUAUAAGUAUUUUGAGAUGACUCAUAUUGUGGAAGCCUUCAUUGUACUUCCUAGAGGGAUUGACACUAUCGAAGGUUUGUUCACCUUAAUCUCAUGGGCAUCUGAAGGGUUGCACAGCAGACCUAUUGGUCUCUUAAACAUUGACGGUUAUUUCAAUAACCUAAUCAAGUUUCUAGAUGAUGCGGUGAGGCAGAACUUCAUGGCUUUAAAUCAGAGGAAGCUGUUCAUUUCUUCUUUCUUUGUUGAUGAGCUUUUGGACAAGCUAGAGUUUGCUAAGGCUUUCCCAGACGCAAUCUAUGAAUCCAUCGGAGUCUCAAAUGUCACCAUCGACGGGCUAAGAGGUAAUCUCAAAACUUAUGAAUCCACUAUCCUAACCCCGUCUUUGGAUGAACAAAAGAAGAAGGGUAUAGCGCUAAAAGCAACCAAGGAGUCUGUGGAAGAUGACUCAAGCGACGAUGACAACGAGUUCGGACUCGACAUCAAGAAGUUCCACAAAUUCAUGAAGAAAGAAUUUGAAAGAAAAGGAAGAAAGCACGACGGGCCCCCAAAGUGCUAUGGUUGUGGUGAGAUAGGCCACAUCAAGCCGAGGUGUCCAAAAAGCAAAGGCGGCAAGGACAAACCUGGCUUCAAAAAGCAACGCGCCUACAUCUCUUGGGGAGGCGACUCCGAGGAUGAGUCAACGGAUCAGGAAGAGGAGGAAGCCGCCAACCUCUGCCUCAUGGCGCACGAAGAUCAAACCGACAACAUUCAAGAG